AUGGAGAAUCUGGACGAGACCACGGGUCUGCUGGAGCAGACACCAGACACUACAGAACAGGAUGCCCUAGAGCAAGAAUACCAUGAACAUAAUUUAUCGCUACCCAAGUUACCCAUUGUUUUAUCACUAUGGUUAGGUAGUUUUCUAAGUUCACUCGACGGUACCAUUGUUGCCAAUAUCAUGAAUAGAGUCGCUGAAGAGUUCCAGGAAUCAGAUAAAAAGCAAUGGAUUGCUACCAGCUACUUGCUGACUAACACUGCAUUUCAACCCCUAUAUGGUAAGUUAUCAGACCUUACUGGUCGUAAAUUUGCUGUACUUACUGCACAUUUCUUCUUUGGUUUAGGAUGCUUACUGACCUGCUUUGCCAAUAGUGUGACACAAUUCGCCAUCGCAAGAGCAAUUUGUGGUGUCGGAGGUGGUGGUAUAAACGCCAUGAGCAGCAUAACUGUAAGUGAUAUAUGUACUCAGCGUGAGAGAGGUAUCUAUCAAGGCUAUGCAAACAUUGUUUUUGGAUUGGGACAGAUUCUUGGUGCUCCCAUUGGUGGGUUAUUUAUCGAUACUUUAGGGUGGAGAAUUCUGUUUGGACUUCAAGUACCCACAAUUCUAUUAUGUUCAUCUUUAGUGCACAAAAAUGUUAACAUUAAACUAAGUCAUUUACUUCCUGUUGAAGAGAGAUUCAAAUGGAGCAACUUGUCAAGAAUUGACAUUCUUGGUUCUAGCACGCUAGUUUUCACUAUAAGCGGAGUUCUUUUCCUAUGUUCAACCGAACUGAAUAAAGCAUUAUUAUCAAUAUUUACAGUUAUCUCAUUUAUUGCUUUCAUCCUGAUCGAGCUUUAUUACAGCAAGGAAAGAAUCAUGCCAUUUGAACUACUAAAAGGCUCAUUUGGAUUAGCUUCAGCAGCAACAGUUAUUUCCUCAUUUAUUAUUUUUGGUGAUAUAUUCAGGUCUCCUAUCUACUUACAAUUGAUCCAAGGUGUAAGUGUUACUAAGACCGGUUUUUUUAUGCUCUUCCCAUCAAUUUCUGUAGCUGUUGGAUCACUUGCAACAGGCUGGAUAUUGAGACACACCAAAAUGAAACUAUCUCACUGUGCUUACUGGAUUGUGACCAUUGGUAUGUCAAUCCAGCUACUAGGCCUAGUUGUUGCCUACUAUUUGAUUCAGAACUUAGAACCUUCUUUAUCUGGAUCAGCUAUAUUUGGUGCUUUUGUUCAAAUUGGACAAAAUAUAUCAUCUCAAUCUUAUACUUGGGUUGUAAUUUAUGCUUUAGCGCUAAUUUUAGUGUCAUUUGGGUAUGCUUGCCUAUUAGUCGCUACACUAGUUAAUAUCGUCUUUACCAUACCGAAAUCGCAACAAGGCACUGUAACCGGCAUAUUCUACCUAUGGAGAUCAAUCGGUAAUGUUUUAGGUGCUUCAUUAACAUUGGUAUUUUACGAGAAGGGUGUCAGCUCGUUUCUAUGGAAUUAUAUGUUCAAUAAACAGCAUGAUGAUUAUAACUUCUCGAAAAAAGAAUACAGGAAACUCCUUUCAGAUACAAGCUAUCUUAGGUCAGGACAUUUCCCAGAUGGAAUACUGUUCGAGUUACUUAAGGUAUACAGGAAUUCCUUCUUAUUAUCAUAUCUACCAAACUUUAUACUGGCAAUAGCGGGUGUUGCUAUUUGUGGAGGGUUACUUGUGGUAUCAUACGCUCAAGAUUAA